AUGUGCAACUUGUACGGUAUUCAAAAGACUAGAACAACUCCAUAUCAUACCCGUCCAAAUGGACAAGUUGAACGUUUUAACAGGACUAUACAACAAAUGUUGAAAGAUUUUGUAAAUGAGAAUCGAAAUGAUUGGGGUUACCAUCUCCCAUAUCUUUGCAUGGCAUAUCGCUCUACCGUACAUGAUAGUACAGGAUAUUUACCGAUCAAGUUAAUGCUUGGACGAGAAAUCGAGAUGCCCGUUGAUGUUAUGUUUGGCAAACCAGAGUCAUCAACUCAUCCUUGUUACACUGAGUUUGUCGAAUGGUUUUUCUGUGCAACUGAAAAAGCUUUUCUUCCUGCUAGGCAACAUCUAAAUGCUGCUGCAACCAGACAAAAGCGAAAUUUUGAUCUGGGUGUAAAACCACUUACUUUCCAGAGAGCUGAAUUGGUGUGGUACUAUUAUCCACAUAAGCAAUGCAAGCCGAGUAUUCCUUGGAUUGGACCUUAUCGAAUUGUGGACUGUUUACCUAAUCACUUGUAUAGGAUUCAGAAGAAUCCGGGAACACGUUCUCGAGUUGUACAUGUUGACAAGCUGAAACCUUGA